AUGAUCGAAUGUCAACUCUCUACUGAAUUGGAGAAUUCCUGGAAGGAUUCUCUCGUGCAGCAGCUUCGGCUGAAAACGUUUUUUAUCGGUUCUUCCGCAAGUUUCGAAGCGUACAUGAAAAGCAUCAUACCAUCAGAGGAUUGGAUAAAACGUUUAUUACAGUCGACACUCUCAUUUGUGUCGGAUACACUUGGUCGCACUCAAGUAAUAUGCUUCCACGGUCUUCGGCUCGAGACCAACAAUGCUCCUGGCUUACUUUAUAUGGUCCAGACUAAUCCUGUACAAUCCUGUAUAUGGUCCAGACUAAUCCUGUACUAUCCUGUCAUGCUUACACGUCACGAGUUAACGGACUGUGUGCCAAAGUGGUUGUUCCUUAUAAUAUAUCCCGCUGAUGGAUUCCUAAUUGAAGAUGUUGCUAUGUCAAGCCGAACACCUGUUGGAGAUCCGUUUCCACACUUUUAUUGACUGUUUCCACAUUGUAUACGUAUAACAUCUAC